CGAACGAUGACCUCCUGGUUCAUAGGUUGAUGCUCAACCAUUGAGCCACUAUGUCUGGCUACAUCCAGAUCUCAUUAUGCAUCAGAAAGAUGAAAAAACAGAGGAAAAUUCUAUGGAGAAAAGGAAUCCACUUAGCCUUUUCUGAGAAAUGGAAUACUGGGUUUGGAGGUUUUAAGAAGUUCUACUUUCACCAGCACUUGUGCAUUCUGAAAGCAAAGUUGGGAAGGCCAGUUACUUGGAGCAGGCAGUUGAGGCAUUUCCAGUGCAGAGAGAAGGCCCUUCAAAUCCAGCAAACUUGGAUCCAGGAUGAACCUCUUUUUGCUAAGACAAAGUCGAAUGUGGCUGCUGAAAAUGUUAGUACUCUGUCCUCUAAAGUGAAAAGAAACAGCACUAAACACUUAGUUUCCUCCUCAAGGACCCUCCUGAAACUCCAAGCAGAGAAUUUGCUGUCAGCAAAGAACUCUGACCAUGAGUACCACGGAGAGAAAAAUCUCUUGCAGGCAGUUGCUGACUUACCAGCAAAUAGUGUUUUAGAUCAGGCUAUUGGUCACAGACCUAGGACGGAGCUGCAAGCUUCUGACUUUCCCAUGAAGUUCAAUGGGGAGAGCCAAAGUUCAGGUGAGAGUGGCACAGUUGUGGUCACCUUGAGCAACCAUAAGAGAAAGCGCUUUUGUUAUGGCUGCUACCGAGGGCUGGAGCACCACAGGAAUAGGGGACCUCUGACUCCAAAAAAGUUCCAACUUAACCAACAUAGAAGAAUAAAAGUAUCUCCGCUUAUGAUGUAUGAGAAAUUAUCCAUGAUUAGAUUUCGGUACAGGAUUCUCAGAUCCCAGCACUUCAGAACAAAAAGCAAAGUUUGCAAGCUAAAAAAAGCCCAGCAAAGUUGGGUGCAGGUCACUGGGGACCAUCAAGAGACCCUUAGGGAGAACGGUGAGGGUGGCAGUUGUAGCCCAUUCCCUUCCCCAGAACUUAAAGACCCUUCUUGUCGGCAUCAACCACACUUCCCAGGUAUGGACAGCAGUACUGUGAUGAAGGGAAAGAACUCUCAUGUGCCUGAUGGCUGCACUAAAGGAAGCCCUUUCUUGGGCAAGGAGCUUAGUUUAGCUGAAGCAUUCCCUGACCAACAGAAUGGCAGUGCCACAUAUACCUGGGACCAGUCACCCUCUUCCCCUCCUAAGUGGGAGUUUCCAGAGCUAAUUCAUGACAUCCCCUUACCAGACCAUCAUUCUAGUAAUGUGUUUAUCUCAGAAACCGAAAGAGAAAAUAUGACUCUUGGUCAGGAAAAUCGGACAAGUACUGUCAAUGAUGACACAGUAAAAUUGUCAGUGUCUGGGGCAGAUCAAUCUGUAAGUAAUGUAGAUGGGCCUAUGUCCGAAGAGACUGUUCAGAAAGAGAGCUCAUACCAGAUGGAUGAGGAUGGAUCUCUCAAACAGAACAUUCUUUGUUCUAAGUUGCUGGACCACCCUUACUGUAAAAGUCCGCUGGAGGCUCCUCUGAUGUGCAGUGGAGUCACACUAGAAAAUCAAGUGGGAGAUGGGAAGAACAGUCAAAAAGCAUCUCCAGUGGAUGAUGAACAGCUGUCAAUCUGCCUUUCUGGAUUCCUAGAUGAGGUUAUGAAGAAGUAUGGCAGUUUGGUUCCACUCAGUGAAAAAGAUGUCCUUGGAAGAUUAAAAGAUGUCUUUAAUGAAGACUUUUCUAAUAGAAAAACAUUUAUCAAUAGGGAAAUAACAAACUAUCGGGCCAGACAUCAAAAAUGCAACUUCCGUGUCUUCUACAAUAAGCACAUGCUAGAUAUGGAUGAUCUGGCGACACUGGAUGGUCAGAAUUGGCUGAAUGACCAGGUCAUUAAUAUGUACGGUGAGCUGAUAAUGGAUGCAGUCCCAGACAAAGUUCACUUCUUCAACAGCUUUUUUCAUAGACAGCUGGUAACCAAAGGAUAUAAUGGAGUAAAAAGAUGGACUAAAAAGGUGGAUUUAUUUAAAAAGAGUCUUCUGUUGAUUCCUAUUCACCUGGAAGUUCACUGGUCUCUCAUUACUGUGACACUUUCUAACCGAAAUAUUUCAUUUUAUGAUUCGCAAGGCAUUCAUUUUAAGUUUUGUGUAGAGAAUAUAAGAAAGUAUUUGCUGACUGAAGCCAGAGAAAAAAAUAGACCUGAAUUUCUUCAGGGUUGGCAGACUGCUGUUACAAAGUGUAUUCCACAACAGAAAAAUGACAGUGACUGUGGAGUCUUUGUGCUCCAGUACUGCAAGUGCCUCGCCUUAGAUCAGCCUUUCCAGUUUUCCCAAGAAGACAUGCCCCGAGUACGGAAGAGGAUUUACAAGGAGUUGUGUGAAUGCCGGCUCAUGGACUAAAACCCAGCAAGGCUGGGAAGUCUGACCAAGUUGGAGCAGAUGGUUUGUUACUUGAAUCUCCAAACACUUAUUUGAAUUCUAACAGAUAUUUCAGAUUGGUGGUAUUGGGCCACUAUUGUUACCUCAAGUUUAUUUUUAGCCCUUAUUCAUUUCUCUAACUACAAUGUACUAUUUUUUAAUGUUCAGAUUGGUUUCAGUUUUAACUUUAUGAAUUCCACAUGUUCUCCCCACCCCAUAUUUAAUAUUUAUUAUCCAAACGCAUGCAUAUAGACAGAGCAUGCAGUGCAGAGUAUUAAAAAAAACACAAAAAAAACCUAGAUUUGGUACAGCUUUUGAAACUUAGAUAUGAACUGAAUACAGGUUUCAAAUAUAAUCCCAAAACCUAAAAAAUAUGGGAUGUUUUUGAUACAACAUAACUCUGAGAGUAUUAGGUAUUCCCUGGGCAUAGAGGAUAGCUAGUUGUUUUGACAAAGCCAGUCCUGUCUUACUUUUACCAGCAGUACCUUUCACUGACUUUCCUCUCUGAGUCUGGGAACGUGAGUUGCAUUCCUUUUGAAGGGUGAGAAGGAAGUGGCCAAAAACUAACUGGUGUGUUCUCUUCCUGGAGGCACAUGUGAGAAGAAUUAUAAGAAAUGCCUGAGUCUUACAAAGGCUUUUGCUGGAACACUGAAUUCCCUAGAUUUUUGUUUUUGACCCAUUAAAAAACUUAGUAUCUAAAACAAGUGGUCAAACAAAUGAGAAUUCAGCCUAAGAGUAACUUACAAGUUGACACUUCCCUUGUAUUAUCUCCCAUAAGAAAUUAGGAUUUGCCAAAUACCUUUUUAUUUCAAGGGUAUUUAAAAUAUAAACAUUCAAAACUGAAGACUGGCUUCAGGUCUUUUUC